AUGGGACAAAAAAUACAUCCGCUUGGUUUCAGACUUGGUACAACUCAAAGUCAUGAUUCUAUUUGGUUUGCACAACCAAGAAUUUAUUCCGAGAAUGUAAAAGAAGAUAAAAUAAUACGAGAUUGUAUCAAGAAUUAUAUACAAAAAAUACAAAAAACAACAACCGCUGUCGAUGGCGAGGGAAUUGGACGAAUAAAGAUUAAAAAAACACGCGAUCUGAUUCACGUGAUAAUCAAUAUGGGACUUCCAAACCCAAACUUAGUAAUAGAGGAUAACCCUGAAAGAAUGGAAGAAUUACAUACUAAUGUGCAAAAAAAAAUAAAUUGUGUGAACCGACAAAUCAACAUUGAAAUUACAAGAAUUCCAAAUGUUUAUAGAGACCCGAAUAUUCUUGCAGAAUUUCUAGCCAGACAAUUAAAGAAUAGAAUUCCGUUUCGUAAAGCAAUGCAAAAAACUAUAAAAAAAUUCGCUGAAGAGGCAGGUGCAGGUACAAAAGGAGUUCAAAUACAAAUUGCGGGACGCAUCGACGGAAACGAAAUUGCACGUGUCGAAUGGAUCAGAGAAGGUAGGAUUCCUCUACAAACCAUUCGAGCUAAAAUUGAUUAUUGUUCCUAUCCAGUUCGAACUAUUUAUGGGGUCUUAGGAAUCAAAGUUUGGAUAUUUAUAAACAACGACUAA